UUCCCCGUCCCUUCCCUCAACAGUCAAUCCUCACCUCCAUUUAAACCCCACCCACCAAUCCUCCUUCCAUUCACGUUCCCAAUUCCUCUCUCUCUCCUUCUCCUCCUUCCUCGCCCCUCUUCCUCUCUCUUCAUCACCUUCCUCUGCUUCUCUCAACCAUGGUCGCUCUGUCUCGCCCUCCUCCUUCACACAAUCUCUUCCACUUCAAGUCCCGCAAUAAUCCCACCACCUUCUUCGACGGAAUCCCUGUCGUCGACCUCUCCCACCCCGACGCCAAGUUCUUCAUCGUCCAGGCCUCCCAGGAAUUCGGCUUCUUCAAGCUCCUCAACCAUGGCGUUCCAAUGGAGUUCAUCACCGCUCUUGAGAACGAAGCCUUCGCGUUCUUCGCCAAACCAAAGUCCCACAAGGACCGUGCAGGCCCUCCUGACCCUUUUGGCUAUGGAAGCAAGCGAAUAGGCUGCAACGGCGAUCUUGGUUGGAUCGAAUAUCUUCUCCUCAACUUUAAUCCCGAUGUCAUCUCCCCCAACACUCUCUUCGUCUUUAAUCAAUACCCCCCUGCUUUCUGCUCUGCUGUGGAGAAAUACGUUUCGGCGGUGAGGAAUUUGAGCUAUCAGGUGCUGGAAUUAAUGGCGGACGGGCUGGAGAUUGAAGAAAGGAAUGCAUUUAGCAGGCUGCUGAGGGACGAGAAGAGCGAUUCUCUGUUCAGGCUGAACCACUAUCCGCCGUGCUCGGGGCCGGAAGCAUUGAGUGGAAAGAACUUGAUUGGGUUCGGAGAACACACGGACCCACAGUUAAUUUCUGUGCUGAGAUCCAACAACACGUCGGGCCUGCAAAUUUGCCUCAGAGAUGGGACCUGGGUUUCGGUCCCAUCGGAUCACACCUCGUUUUUCAUCAAUAUUGGCGAUACCCUGCAGGUGAUGACGAACGGGAGGUUCAAGAGCGUGAAGCACAGGGUUGUGACAGACUCGAGCAGGUCAAGGCUAUCAAUGAUAUACUUCGGAGGACCACCGUUGAUCGAAAAGAUAGCGCCUUUAGCUUCAUUAUUGAUGGGGGAGGAGGAAGAAAGCCUGUACAAGGAAUUCACAUGGUGCGAAUACAAGAAGGCUCUGUACAAGUCAAGGCUCGGCGAUAAUAGGCUGGCCCUCUUCCAGAAAGCUGCAGGCCAAUGAGAUAUUAUGAAUUAUCCAUGAAUGAAAGGGUCAAGAUAUAAUUGGCACCCCAACUGCUUUAAUUUAGCAUAUUUUAGGUCUUUUCUUUUCUCUGUAUGUUUUGUCUGCUGGGAAAAUAGGGUUCAAAGGGCUUACUCGACUUGACAUGUUAGUAGUGAAAGGAACAAGCUGCUGUUUAAUAUUGUCUGGGAUCCUUUAUUUUCUUAAUUUUGGUUUUAAUUUUCAUGUAACCACCAGCGUCGAUGUAAUGUAGAUGGAGCGCAGCUCUUUGUGAUGGUGUUGUUUGAAUAUUAAAUAGACUUCUUAA